AUGGCUGGCCUAGGCAGGCCUGAUCUCAUAGACAACUGGUCUGAACCUUCAGGGCUCUUCUUAUGUUUUUGCCACAGCCCGAUUAUUCAGAAGAUCCGUAACGACUGUGCGGAACCAUUCGCUGCAUUUGAACAGUGCCUUAAAGAAAACCAGACCUCGGUGAUGAACUGCGCUGAGCAUGUACAACGGUUCCUGCACUGUGCUGACCAAGUGAAACUAGCUACGUGAGUGUGAAAUGGUGCUCUCCUUCAGUGACUGCCGUGUCGUGGAGCUCCCAUAAGAUCCAACCUGAAAUGACAGUAGGAACAUUGUAAAUCCUCAAGAUCCUGCAAACGUCAUUUGCACCUGUCUGGGCACCGCUUGCCCAGUUGGGGCCAUCCAUGCCAUCUUGACUUGACGUUUGUGCUUUUUUGACCAAAGCCUAGCCUCCUAUUGAUAAGUCACGUAAGCUGAACGGACAUGACAGUGAUAUUUUGGCUUUAUGUACUGGGCUAGACUUGGAGUCUGCUACAUACAUUUUUCCUGCACCUGGACUUCACCUACCCAUGGUGCAGUCAAUCACAUCUGGAGAUCAAAACAACCUUUCGUGGAUCUUUUAUCCUAACGGUGCUGCUUAGCAGGUGGAAAUAUCAGUAAUAAAGUAAUAAUAUUUAUGGCA